UAUAAGCCACACACACAACAUGUCUCGCUAUACAUAUAUAUAUAUAAAUAUACCGUACACACAACCAGACCUCUCCACGUGUAUAUCUUAUACAUAUGGAAUGUUCCGACUCUUUAUAUGUAUAUAUAUAUGCACUGUAUUUCUCGCUAUACAUACGUACACACACGACGAGCGCAGCCUCCGUGUAUGUAUGUAUGUACAAGCAUUCACACGCUCGUCUAGACACACCUGACACUCACACACGUAAACAGACGCGCAGACACACACACACACACACACACACACACACGCACAUGCACAUAGACCAGACUCGAUCUGUAUACUUUAUACACUUUAUAUUUGUUCUGCCAUUAUCUCGGCUGUGAUUCACUGAAUGUAACGCCCAAUUUUAUAUAUAUACUCUCUCUUCUCGUUCUUGUACGCCUCAGACACGUUCUUGCCCAUCACGACUUACCGCUAUCAUCGCCAACCGUCGUUAUCGAUGCACGAGCAGCGGGACGGUCCGAAAGUCGUCAAGUCGAGUCAAGACGAGCCGAUCCCAGGCCCAAGGGAGGACUUUGCGACUGUUUGGCACCGACCUGAUGCGAGACGCGAUAACACGACGUCGUUCUCCUCGCGAGCUCAAAGCGACGAACGAGAGCCUGAAGAGCCUGCAGACGCAGUUGGAACUCGCGUACGCCUCGACCGCGUCCUCGGGACAGCCGGUGGCGGGCGGGUUCGGCAGCGGAUUGGCAGGUGCAGUCGGCGUCAUCGGGCUAGGAGGUAGCGUAUCGGGUGCAGAUGCAGGCGGUACCGUCCUCGGAGGUAGCGUGGCGGUUCCAGGCGGCGUGCCCGGUAGCACCACCCUGACCGCCAUCAUGGAGACGAAAGACGCGCGCAUACAGACCCUGGAGAAGGAAGUGGGGCUGCUUGAGGCCGAGCUGCAGCGCAUUAAGGAGUGCGGCGGUAGGCUGCGCGAGCAAUUGCUCAUGGCCAUCGCUGUGCCGAGCAGCGCGCAGCAGCAGCAGCAGCAGCAGCAGCAACAACAACAGCAUCAUCAACAACCACAACCGUUGCAACAACAACUGGGUAUUGAGCCGCACUUGCGGCCGGCGUAUACGCCGCCGACCGGCCUGGGUGGUCAGCAACAGCCCGGCACGUUGGCCCUGGCCAGGGGACCGUCCAUGAUGACCUCGCUGGUACCGUACAGUGGCCACACGUCGUCCGCGGCACUAACCAGUUCGUUGCUUGCCGGUUCGACAGGUGCGACCACGGGCGUCGGGCUGGGUGGCGUUGUCGGUGGCGGUUCCUCGUGCCUAGCCGGCAUCUCGUCGGGCGCCACCACAGGCGUGGUCAACCCCUAUACCGAUCGCUACGCUACCGAUCAUCAUCCCCAUCAGCUCCACCAUCACCAGCACCACCAUCACCACCACCUGCACCAGCAGCAGCAGCAGCAGCAGCAUCAGCUGCAGCUGCAGCAGCAUCAGCAGCAAAUACAGCAACACUUGAAACAAAUAGAGCCGGCGGCGGCGGGCGCCCUGGCGCUGCACGCUCACACCUUCAACAAGCACGACCUGAACUUCAAACGGCAAGUAAGUUUCUUCAUCAACAACGUGCGCAUCGAAAAGAACGACGCCGUCUAGGGGACACCUGGGACUGCGUGGGAGGGCGGGAGUUUCUCCGAUCAGGUACACGAGGAUCACGAUCGCGUCUUCGUCGUCGUCUUCGUCUUCGUCAUCGUCGUCUU